GAAACCCCAAUCCCCUUCAUAACCCUUCCUCUCUCUCUCUCUUUCAACAUUAUUAACCAGCACUACUUCAUUGUUUUCUCGAGCAAAAUCUUUUUUUUUGACCAAAUUAUUCAAGCAAAUCUUGAAGAAAUGGGUGAAAGUGAUGAUGGCUUGCGUCUGAGUCUAAGCUUGGGGUCAAGUCAACUAAAGGAACCAUCUCUGGGGUUGAAUCUAUUGCCUUUGACAACUUCUUCUCCUUCUUCAUUUUUUCACAUGCACAACCACAAUAAUAACCAUCUUCAGAAGAAGAUUCAUCACAACUCUUGGCCUAAUACGUUUCAAUCCUCCGAAAGAAACUCUGACGUUGGAUCUCUUGUAAGAGGUCUCGAGGUAAAUAAAACUUCUUCUGUGGCGGUAAUGAUUAACUUAGAAGAAGACGUUGCGGGAGUUUCUUCACCGAACAGCACGGUUUCGACUGUGAGUGGAAAUAAGAGGGAUCUUGCGGCAGCUAGGGGAGACGGAGGAGGAGAUGCGAACGAGGCAGAGAGAGCUUCUUGCUCACACGAAGGCGUAAGCGACGAAGAAGAAGGAGGAAGCUGCGAGGGGACGAGGAAGAAGCUCCGGUUAUCGAAGGAACAAGCUUUGGUUCUUGAAGAAACUUUUAAAGAUCAUAGCACUCUAAACCCGAAGCAAAAGCUGGCUCUAGCAAAACAGUUGAAUCUGCGGACAAGACAAGUAGAAGUGUGGUUUCAGAAUCGAAGGGCAAGGACAAAGCUGAAACAAACGGAGUUUGAUUGUGAGUACUUGAAGAGAUGUUGCGAUACUCUAACGAAGGAGAAUGGACGGUUGCAAAAGGAGGUAUCUGAGCUAAGGGCAUUGAAGCGAUCUCCACAUCUCUACAUGCAUAUGACUCCUCCAACUACUCUUACUAUGUGCCCUUCUUGCGAACGUGUCUCGGCUCCCUCCUCCUCAGCUAUGGCUGCUGCUGCUGCUCAUCCUCCACCCUUGUCUUCAUCCACCACAUCUGGUGGUGGUGAACGGAUGCCUACAGUGGUGAGACGGCCAAGUCCACAACGGGCAACUCCCUGGGCAGCUAUUUCUCUUCAGUCAAGAUUAGCUCACUAGGAUAUUUAAGUAAGUUUACAUAAAAUC